CUCAAAUGCCUCCGCGACUGAUUAAUUCAUUCUCUGAUUAUGAUCAGUCACUCCCAACUCCACAUGAAAAAAACACACAGAGCUCCUCUUACAUCAUGGAUUCAACUGUUAAUGUUGUUUAAUUUUGUUUGAAAUCAUCGUAGAUAGAAAAAAAGGCAUCUGGUUCAAGGACUCUUUCCAUGUUCUUUCGAUCAGAGUGUCCAUUCAUGGUUCCUUUAGGCAUUCUCGGCAAUGGUUGAUCCCAGCUUAAUAAAGGGCGCAGUUUGACGUUCAUUUCUUCAUUGGUUUGACAAGAACUACUGGAUUUAAUAAAAAAGCCGGAUUCUCACCUUGUUAGAGUCUUUUUUUUUUUUCCUUUUUAUCAAUUUUAUGUUAGAAGGAAAGUACAAAAAAAAGAUAUGACAAUGGAGCCUUUAUGCGACUGUUGUACCACGGAGAAAGCAGUGGUUUAUUGCAAAUCAGAUUUAGCUAGACUAUGCUUAAAGUGUGAUGGCUACGUGCAUUCAGCCAACUUGCUAUCCCGUAGGCACCAACGAUCCCUUCUCUGCGACAAGUGCAAUUCACAACCUGCAACAAUUCGGUGUUUGGAUGAGAACCUUUCAGUAUGCGAAGGUUGUGAAUGGAGUAAUGCUAAUGGAUGCUCAACUUCAGGACAUAGGCUACAACCACUAAAUUACUACACAGGUUGCCCUACUUUGUCAGAGUUUUUUGGAAUAUUGACUUCAGUUCUCGAGGUUCCUUCUUUGGCCGAUGGAUUUGAUCCUGGAUUGAAACAGCCUCCAUCACUACCAUUGUCUCUUGUUAACUUGCAAGCCAAUGAGAUUUCAGGGAGUGGUAGUUUUGACCAAAGGUCCAACGAUGGUGGUUUCAAGCAACUGGAUCCUUUGGUGGGGGUUCCUCCACCACCUAUUGCUCCACCGAAUACGAGUUACAUUCAGUACUAUAGAGAUCAAUCGACUUUCCUACCAGAAGAAUCAAGCGUACUAAAGGGUUGUUCAAAUCUUAAAGAUCUUGGAUUGCAUGAUGGUGAAGAUCUCUGUGAUGGUUUAAAUAUGGAUGAUGUUCAAUUGAAUUUUGAACAUGCCGAUGAUUUAUUUGGAUGUCUACAAAGUAAUGCGAGAAGCACAUUUGAAGAUUUGGGGAAAGAUUGCAAGACAAUUGAGAGGAACUUGUCGUUUACAGAAUCAAAUGGUCCAAUCGAGAAUUUUACAGAGGUGAAUCAUGUUGCCGCUGGAUCGAGUAAUCUUGUGCCAGCUAUAAGUGGUGGUAGCAAUUGCUUUUACAUGACCCCAAAUUGUAACAACAGAAAUAUCAACCUAGGGUUCCCUAAUGGCACUGGUCAAGUUCAUUCGAGCAUCUCUCUCUCUUUGUCCAACAUUAGUGGUGAAAGUAGUGUUGCUGAUCACCAAGAUUGUGGCUUGUCACCGACAUUUUUUAGUGUCGAAUCUCCAUGGGACUCGACCUUGGAACCUAGCGGCCCACAUGCUAGGGUCCAAGCGAAGUUGAGGUACAAUGAAAAGAAGAAGACACGAAGGUUUGGGAAGCAAAUAAGAUACGCAUCUCGCAAAGCGAGGGCUGAUACAAGAAAAAGAGUGAAAGGAAGAUUUGUCAAAGCUGGCGAAUCAUACGAUUAUGACCCUAAUACUCCAACAAGCGACUUCUGAAAUGAAGCUACCAACCAUCUUUUGGUUUUAUUUGUCAAUGAUGGCAUCUUAUUAAGUCAUGAAAAGUGGCUUUUGCAAGUUGCGGUCAGAAAAUCAGUCUCUUCCACUUUUUGAAGAGGGGAUAAGGUGUUAUUUGGUUAACUCCAAACCAUUGUUGUUAACAGGUUAUGUCCCUCUAGAUCACUUUGGAAACCUACACACAUGUUCCUUUUUGUACCAUUUUUUUCUUACUUUUCAAAUUUUUUGCUUCAUUCAUCUUUGCUUUUAUCAUACAACAGAGUUCUCAACAGUGUCGUCGACCGGCUCUCUUAGAUGUCGACAUGCAUGACAAGUGAAAGCGAAUUACAUCUGCAGCAGAACACCUCAGAUAUCAUAUAUAAUAAUAUUCUUGCUUUAGCCAAUGACUCAUUCCUUUCUCUUCUCGUAGAAGGCUCAUGGAAGUUCAAUAAACACGCACAUAAGUCAUACACUAUGAAAGAUAAUUUUAUGCCUUCAAGAUCCACAUGACCUUCAAUUUUUUGCGAU